AUGCCUUCCCUCCCGCAGAACGCAUCUUCAAAUGCAUUUGACUCAUCAAUUCUGACCCUUCAGGCCACUUUCUCCAGUGGCAUGACCUUGUUGACUAUGGCUUCCACUGCCAACAACUUCCUCAGAGCUACAGAUGGCCCGUUUGCAGAGUUGAAAGAGCUUAUUGCACAACAUACUUCCAUCGAAGACAGGCCACAAUUCCAACCACUUGUCCCCCCCAAUCAAAUUGUGAAGGGGAUUGUGCAGAAAAUAUGGGGUCAUUCAUCUAUUGAGACAGUCGGAGAUAUUGGCGAUAUACUGGAGAAGGGACUCGUUAUGGAUGAUUUGAGCCUCGAAGAAGCUUGCAUUGCCGGUUACGCACAGAAAAAGGGGAAGUCCCCCCAAGAAGUCAUGAAGAGGUUCCGUUUACACAAUCCCACUGAAGCGGGCCAAAUGGCUUGGCAAACAUGGCUUAAGCUUCACCCUGGAAUUGACAGUCAAGAAGCAGCAUGCCUGCGUAAAUUACAGCAACAGGAUAUCGAUAGGAAGUACCCUGACCAGGCAGAAGAAGCAAAAGCAUUCUAUGAUAAAAUUCUGAUACAUUGUGGGGACCUUGUUUUAUCGAAGGACGAGAGGGAGGCUCAACCAAAUGAAGGCCUUUAUCUGUUGCAGAAAAUAACGGGAAAAUAUGCUGCUCAGCUCGCUGCACUCAGCUCCAUUCAUCCUGUUGGGGUGGCGUUAGUGGGGUUCAUAGCAGAUGACAAGCUUGCCCCUUGGGAUUCGACUAUCGCAUUUACGAGCUCACCAAUGAUUGCGGAAAUGGUCAAAGCUAUGGGCCUACCCCUCACAGAGGAUAGUGCCUUAGCCAUGAGGAACUUCUACGACGGGAUAAAGGCAUUCAGCCCAUAUCAACCCGACGCCAUUAAACAGAGAACCUUUCUUCAACAUCUUGGGGCGUUUACGAACCCCGAUAAAUCUACCAGCGAGGUGUUUGGUGCCUCAAGCCUCAUGAAGACCGUCGUGAUGCACAUGAAGCAAAGUGUCCAUUUCAGCGAUGAUCUGGACAGGUAUUUGGGAAAUGGAAUGGGAAACACGGCCAUCAAAUCAGAGGUUGAGGGCGAUGCGAACAACGUGGAUUACCACACACCCACAUUAAAAAGGAAGGAAGGCCUCGCCUUUGCAGACGAGACCUAUGGCUCGCAUCCCCAACGCCGCACUGAGUGUGCUGGGUGGCUUAAAGCAAUCAUUCUGGAGGCAACAGGGAUAACUGAGCUUGGGCACAACUGGAGAGUCGCCAACAUACUUUCAUUCAUGCUUGAGCAUCAUCUCCAUUUUGUUGGUUGGCAUCGUGGUGUCCCAUGCUUGAACAAGUCACUACCAUGCGAUUGGACCCCAUGCGAGUCUGCACGGUGUAUAAUGCAGCUCACUCACCAGGAUCCGGAGCAGACGUUGAGGGUGGAACAAAUGACAGAUGACGAGUACCUGACGUGUGAGGUGCUACACUAUGCACCAGAUGCGAAAGGGAAUAUUACGAAAUACCUAUUGCCUGAACACGAGACAAGGAGGGCAAUUGCGAGGACAGCAGUCAUCCCCGCACGAACCCAAAAACGUAAGGACAGCAUGCCAAACUCCCCAACUGUGGAGAUGGAAGGAGAUUCGCUGGAUAGACCCGUUACACCGUCUUCCAAGCGAUGCAAGAAGUCCAAAGCCACUCGUGCAUGCACCCUCACGAAGGCAAAACCUCCCCGUGUGACACCUGGGGGCCACAACCAAAUGAAAGAAGCCGCGGUACCAGAGAACGAGGUGAAAGGUCCACAGGACGAUGGCAUCGUACCCGAGACACCACCUCGCAACUCACCUGAACCGGGCGGGUCUUCAUCAUCAUCAGUAAAGUUAGAGGCAAUAAACCUGACAACGUUCCCAUCGGGUGUACGCUCAGGCUUCCAGCAAGGGCGUGGGCCGCAACUCCCUGAUGACCCAGAAAACGACGUCUUCAUGGAGCAAGCCGUUCCGGAAUCACAUACGCCAAUGUACUCCCUCAAAGUUCAACCAGUGUUGAAGAUUAAUGGAAGUACGCACCUCACUGUGAAUGAAGGUCCAACGUCCCGGGCACCGUCGGAGGCACCGUCAUCCGUAUCAAGCCUAAGCGUGUGGUGGGCUGCAUCGAAAAUGUUGCUGGCGGUUCGUUUGAAGGCACUAAUGGAAGAAAACGUUGAACUCCUAGUCAACAUCGACAUCAUUGCCCUGCAUGUUACCGAGAAGGAGCCACCUCCUGAAGUCUUAGAUGUCGCUCAACACUGGAGAAUGAUUAGCGCCGUUGGAAACGAGCUUCGUGACAGGGGGGCUGAUGUAGGAAAGGUUGCCAGGAGGGUGGUCCAACUGCUUGACGAGUUGGAAGUGAACGACGACGAGGAUGUGAUAGCUACGUGGAUACAGAUGUUGCCCAGUUGA